GAUGUGUAGGGGGUGACAGGGUGGAGGUGAUGUGUAGGGGUUGACAUCAUGGAGGUGAUGUGUCCGGUUUGUGUUUAAAGGGGACGGUGACGCAGGCCUGGACCAUGAGCAAUGACUCGACUAUCUGGAACACGCCACCAGACAACUCUACUGGUGCGCCCCUGGCCCCCGCCCCCCCCUCGGAGGGCUCGUCGGUGCUGCUGGUGCUGCUGGUGUUUGGAGGAGCUCUGGUGUCUCUCACCUCCCUGCUGCUAGUUUACUGCCACCGCCGCCACGGCUGCAGCUAUGCCAGGGCUGACAACCCGAAGACCAACCCCACCUACAUAGAGGACUGCCAGCUCACACAUGAGAUCACCAUCAGGGUGGAGGAGGCUGCCUGCCAGUCGGCCUCCCCCUCUCCCGACUUGCAGACGGAGCGCUUCCUGUCCACAGGCACAAGCGGCCGGCGCGUGUCCUUCAAUGAGGCAGCACUGUUUGACCACAGCAAGAAGGAGCAGGAGAAAGGUCGGAGAUACACUCUGACUGAGGGAGACUUUCACCACCUCAAAAAUGCUCGACUCAUAAACCUCCGUCUCCCUCCUCCCUCCCUCCACCUCCCUCCUCCCUGCCUCCACCUCCCUCCUCCCUCCCUCCGUCUCCCUCCUCCCACCUUGCACAUCCUCACAAUUCAUGAGUGCGAUUCCCCAGAGAACAGCAUCGCCAUGACAACGCGUCCUGUAUCCAAGUCGACUCUCUCCAUCUUCCAGCCGGAGUUGUGCCCCCUGCCCCAUACAGUCCUACCCAGCGUGGGGGGCAGCCCCAGCUCCCCCCUCCCCGGAGACAGCCAGCCCAGCCUGGGGGGCAGCAGCUUCAGGGAAAGCCCCCCCUGCCUGACCCCCCCCAGACCCCGCUCCAAGGAGCUCAGCACCAGCUCUAUUGAGGUGGGCGGGGGCUCAAGGAACGGGGGCCGCCCAGGGGGGGGAGGUGUGUGUGAGAGUGGCUCGUUGGGGGCCCCUGGGGGUUCAGGGGGCCAGGGCCCCGUGCUGCAGUUCUUCAGCAGGCUGCGCCGCCACGCCAGUCUGGAAGGGGCCAGCCCGUACCUCAGGAUCCGCCGCUGGAGGCUGGAGCACGGGCAGAGAGCUUCCAGCCUGGACACCAGGGGAUCCCCUAAGAGACGCCAGUUCCAACGGCAGCGUGUGGCCAGUGAGAGUAUGGACCAGGACGACCAGGACACCCACCAUAUCGACCUCAUCCAGUACAUCGCCCCAACCCAGGACACCACCUUAUACCCUGGGGGUUCCCCACGCCUCCUCCAACCCCCCUCCACCCCUCCCCCACCCCUCGGCAGGCUAGAGGUGGAGGUGGUGGUGGAGCCUAGCUGCAGCAGAGAAGGUCCAGGGGUGAUUGGCAUGACCCCAGAUCCCAAGGACGAAGCUGUGAGCCUGGGCUGCCACCAGAAGAGCUCCCCCCCAGACCCCCAGGAGCCCCCGGACCUCCAGGCAGAGUAUCGGGACAUCUGGACCCUGCGAGCCUCUCUGGAGGAGAUCGUCUCAGACCCCAGCAACGACAAGGACUCGGUCCAAAGCAACGCUGACAGUGUGUGUUCCCUGGGGGGGCGCAGAGAGUUGCCCAGUUACCCCUCCCAGGACCUGGGGGAGGAAGGGGAGGAAGGGGGGAGGGAGGAUAAGCAGGAGAGUGUGGACUUGGAGCGAGGGGGCAGCGACGGGGAGUCUGGAACCAGAAAGCUGCUGCAGAUGGACAGCGGCUACGCUUCCACCGAGGCUCCGCCCCGCUACGCUUCCAUGGAGGCUCCGCCCCGCGCACCUGAGGAGCUGUGCCUCUGCACGGGGGGGAAGGAGCGCACCGCCCUCGAGAGGCGUUAUCACUUCACCAGCGCCGGGCGGGCCGUCACCGUAGGCGAGAGCGCCCAGUCCAGUCUCUUCCAGGAGGACCCAGAGGAGGGGCUAGCAGAGGCUAGCGGCGGUGUUGCCGUGGAUACGGGCGUGGGACCCCUGGGCUGGUCCCCCUACGGCCAGAUGUUCACCUCCCGGGAGCCCCUCCCCGCCCCCCUGCCAGCACUCCAUUGCCGCGACUACAGCAUCGAUGAGAAGACGGACGCCCUGUUCCACGAGUUCCUGCGGCACGACCCCCAGUUCGACCAGCAGGACUCUCCGCUGCGGAGGCACCGGUCACGGGUACACCUGCGGAAGCAGUGGCAGCAUCGCAAGCAGUACAGCGACCCCGGUGUCCGCUACCACACGUCCUUUGACCGCCAUCGCACACCGCUGCGACGCGGGGACAGUGUGAACUACCCCCUGGAGAGCAGCUACCACAGCACCCUGCCCCGUAUCGUCAGCACACCGGAUGAGGAGGGGGGCAGCGAGGGGGGCACGAGUGAGGGGGCCGCCAGCAGACCGCAGACCCCCAGGGAGGCGGGGGCUAGAGGAGGGGGCCUGGAGGAGGAGGAUGGGAGGAGGGACAGACAUCCAGCGGACAACCCCGGCCUCAGAGCAGGCCCCGCCCUCAGAGCAGGCCCCGCCCUCAGAGCAGGCCCCGCCCUCAGAGCAGGCCCCGCCCUCAGAGCAGGCCCCCCAGGGCCGCAGCCCCCAGACCCUGCCGGUACAGCUCAGUGA